GGGACGAACAGCCGUACCGUCGCACGGGGAGUCUGCUCGCUGCUUCAGUGCGAUGAUUUGCUUGCUUUAUCUCUCGAGAAGUUUGAUCCGUUGUCCGGUUGGAGCUUCUGCAGGGUAGCCUAUGGUUGCGUGGUUGUUGAGGUUUGGGUGAUAUUUUUUCGAGCGAAUUCAAGCCUUUGGGGCGACUGGCUGCUCUUGUAUCUUUGCAAGCAAUUAGAUGAUAAACGGGGAGCCUGAUGCUUGAGAAUACCAGGCUUGGAGGGUAGAUCUAAUCCUACUAGCGGCUAAAUUGGAAGAAAAUGAUGAUGGGAAAAGAGGACAGAUAUGUGAGAUUUCAGGACUGGAGAUCGGAGCAGUCUGUUAGCUCAGAGAACAUAGUUGUUCCACGUAGAAAUGAUGUUUCAGUUUUCGAUUCACUUAAAGAAAGAACUGCCAGAGUUUUUGCAUUCCUUGGAAACCUUUUGCACUCAGAAACCUCAAAUAGAUCAAUGGUGAACGAAAGAAAGUCUGCAGCAGGAACUCUUCAUCCCCAAGGGCCAUUUCUGCAAAAGUGGAAUAGGAUAUUUGUGAUAUCAUGUAUAUUUGCAGUUUCAGUGGACCCAUUGUUCUUAUAUAUCCCAGUUAUCAGUGAUGAAAAACCUUGCUGGUACUUGGAUAGAAAGUUGGAAAAGGCGGCAAGUGUCCUGCGUUUUUUCACAGAUAUUUUCUACAUACUCCAUAUCAUAUUUCAGUUCCGGACAGGCUUCCUUGCAUCGUCUCCUACAACUUUUGGUCGGGGUGUCUUAAUUGAAGAUAGAUAUGCAAUAACGAAGCGAUACUUAUCAACAUAUUUUUUUAUUGAUGUCUUCGCUAUUCUACCCAUCCCUCAGGUGAUUAUUUUGGUUGUGUUACCUAAUCUUCAAGACUCAGACGUUAUGAAAGCCAAAAAUGUUUUGAUGAUUAUAAUUAUAUGCCAAUAUGUGCCUCGACUAAUCCGAAUAAGACCACUAUAUCUACAAAUCACAAGAUCUGCUGGGGUUAUUACAGAGACAGCACGGGCUGGUGCUGCUUUCAAUCUUUUACUUUACAUGCUUGCCAGUCAUGUCCUUGGUGCAAUUUGGUACUUACUUUCUAUCCAACGCCAAGAUUCCUGCUGGAGACAGAAGUGUAGAAACAAUACAACAUGUGCUGCAGAUGCUGCAUCUUUAUACUGUGGGGCUGUUCAUAAGAAUGAGACCUAUGCUUUUUUAAAGACUGUUUGCUUAUUAGGUGACCCGCCAAACAAUCUUCCAGAUCCAGUCUUUGGAAUUUAUGCACCAGCUAUAAAAAAUAUAUCAAAAUCGAGAAGUUUCUUUACAAAAUUGUUCUACUGUGUUUGGUGGGGUCUGCAAAAUCUCAGUUCUCUUGGUCAAAACCUGAAAACAAGCACUUAUGCAUGGGAGAAUUUAUUUGCAGUUUUUGUCUCAAUAUCAGGUUUAGUUCUGUUUGCGCUGCUUAUUGGUAAUGUGCAGACCUAUUUGCAAUCAGCUUCUCUGAGAAUAGAGGAAACGAGAAUGAAAAGCCGCGACACAGAUCAGUGGAUGUCAUAUCGACAUCUUCCUGAGGACCUCAAAGAAAGAAUACGGCGUUAUGAACAGUACAGAUGGCAAGAAACAAGUGGUGUUGAUGAAGAACAACUCCUUAUGAACCUCCCCAAAGAUCUUAGGAGGGAUAUAAAACGACAUCUUUGUUUAUCACUUCUCAUGAGGGUUCCAAUGUUUGAAAAUAUGGAUGAACAGCUCUUGGAUGCCUUGUGUGACCGCCUAAAGCCCAUUCUAUACACAGAACGUAGCUGCAUCAUUCGUGAAGGGGAUCCAGUAACCGAAAUGCUCUUCAUCAUGCGAGGGAAUCUAAUGAGCAUGACGACAAAUGGUGGAAGAACUGGCUUCUUCAACUCCGAUGUUCUGAAAGGUGGAGAUUUCUGUGGUGAGGAGCUCCUCACCUGGGCUCUUGACCCCACAUCAACAUCAAGCCUCCCCAGCUCGACAAGGACGGUGAAAACAAUUUCCGAAGUCGAAGCUUUUGCUUUGAGGGCUGAAGACUUGAGGUUUGUGGCCACCCAGUUCAGACGACUCCAUAGCAAGCAGCUCCAGCACACUUUCAGGUUCUACUCGCAGCACUGGAGAACCUGGGCUGCCUGUUUCAUCCAAGCAGCCUGGCACCGGUACUGCAGGAAGAAGAUUGAAGAUUCCUUGCGCUUGAAGGAGAAGAGGCUGCAGUUUGCGAUUGUGAAUGAAGGCUCCACCUCCCUCAGCUUCAUGGCAGCACUAUAUGCUUCACGUUUCGCUGGAAACAUGAUACGGAUCUUGAGGAGAAAUGCCACUCGCAAGGCGCGCCUCCAGGAACGAGUGCCUGCAAGGUUGCUGCAGAAGCCAGCAGAACCCAACUUCUCCGCGGAAGAGCAUUAGCUUGCAGUUGGGCUUUUGCCUUUGGCGGAAAUGGAUACUUAAAAAGUUGUUUGUGCGUGACUUCUUCAGUUUUCCACUCGCUUAUAUUGCUGAAGUUAGCACGGCCGAAGCAGAUCGAAAUGAGAAAAAAAAAACAGAGGAAAAUAUAGCGAUAGCAUAACUAGAUGCCAGCUUGUUUCAGAGCUUUUGAGUAGCGUUGUAUAUGCCUUACCUAAAAGAAUGUAGCGGUUUAUGUGCUUGUGUGACAUAGGUGUGAUUAGCAACGUAGUGAUACUAUACGCUUCAAGAUAUAUGUAUAGUGAGCGAUGGUUUUAGUGUUUUGCACAUGGUAGAUGGGAUUGGUAAGUGCCAUCUGAAAUGAAACUUCACGUGGCACGAACUAACUGCUCGUGUUUGUUUUACU